GGGGCGUCUGUCUGGGGGGGGGGGAGGAGGAGGGCGCGGGCGCGUGGACCGCGUGCAAGACGCACCGGACGCCAAAAUGCAGGAGACCCGAGUCCGGUGGCCGCAGACCCGGCGGGGAGGCAGCCCCGCGGAGCAGUGAUGGGACGGCUCUCGGGAGGAUGCUACCUGAGUUUAGGCAUCCUCGCGCUCCUCGGCUCGCGACUCCCGGCCACGUUAGCGAGAGGUCCCCGAGGUGAAGCCCUGCAGCAUGGCCAGUCUGGGACGCUCCCCCACUUCCUGGAGGAGCCUGUUGAUGCUUACAUCGUCAAGAGUAACCCCAUCAAGCUCCAGUGCCAAGCUCGGCCCGCUCUUCAGAUCUUCUUCAAGUGCAACGGCGAAUGGGUCCACCAGAGCCAGCACAUGUCCCAGGAGCACACCGACCUGGGGACAGGCCUGAAGAUCCGCGAGGUGAUGAUCAACGUGUCGCGUCAGCAGGUGGAGGACUUCCACGGCCCCGAGGACUACUGGUGCCUGUGCGUCGCCUGGAGCCACCUGGGAACCUCCAAGAGCCGCAAGGCAUCCGUCCGCAUCGCAUACCUGAGGAAGAACUUUGAGCAGGACCCCCAAGGCACCGAGGUGCCUCUGAAUGGGAUGAUAGUGUUGCACUGCCGGCCCCCAGAGGGAGUGCCUGUGGCUGAGGUUGAAUGGCUGAAAAAUGAAGAACCGCUGAACUCUGAUGGCGCCGUUGAUUCAAGAGGCGACCAUAACCUCAUCGUCUCCGAAGCCCGACUCUCUGAUUCCGGAAACUACACCUGCGUCGCCAGCAACAUCGUGGCCAAGAGACGCAGCGCCACAGCCACCAUCGUAGUCUAUGUGAAUGGAGGCUGGUCAUCGUGGACCGACUGGUCUCCCUGUAAUGUUCGCUGUGGUCGUGGUGUGCAGAAACGCUCUCGCACCUGCACAAAUCCAGCUCCUCUCAACGGGGGAGCCUUCUGUGAGGGCAUGUCGGUGCAGAAGAGCUCCUGCAACACACUGUGUCCAGUGGAUGGCGGCUGGGGCGAGUGGAGCGAGUGGUCCGUGUGCAGCCCGGACUGCGAGAGGCAGCGCGGCAGAGAAUGCACCGCGCCGGAGCCCAAACACGGAGGACGGCUGUGUGACGGCGUGGCGCUGGCUACCGACAACUGCACCGGCGGCCUCUGCACACAGAAUCGAAAGUUGCUACAUGAUGCUAAGCCACAGGGUGUGGAGAGCAGCAGUGACGUGGCCUUGUACUCGGGCCUGGCUGCGGGGGUGGUGACAGUGGUGCUGCUGAUCAUCGCUGUCACUCUGUACCGACGGAGCCAGAGUGAGUACGGCGUCGAUGUCAUCGACUCCUCCGCCCUCACCGGGGGCUUCCAGUCCUUCAGCUUCAAGACCUCUCGUCAAGCAAACCCCCUGCUUAUUAAUUCAUCCAUGCAACCCGAUCUGACAGUGUCGCGCACCUACACCAGCCCCAUGUGUUUUCAGGACUCCAUUGACAAGGAGCUGAUGGCCGAGCGCUCCCUCCUCGACCCCCUGCCUGAUCUCAAGGUCAAAGGGGUGGCAGAAAGGGCAGAGUACCACGUCAUGUCCCACCCUCAGACAUUUCCCCGGGGCCUGGCUCCAGACUACAGAGGCGUCGCGGUCGGGACGACUUUGGGCAGAAGGAGCAAAAACCUCUUCACUCCACAAGUGUCUCUGACUCCCAGCAGGCCUCUCCACAGAGCGACCGCCGUGUUCGGCCAUGCUGGAGGCCGACUGGUGGUACCGAACACAGGUAUAAGUCUGCUGGUGCCUCACGGGGGGAUCGCAGAAGACACUACCUGGGAAACGUACAUGAUCAUCAACCAGGAGGACAGCAGUACUGUGUCCGACGACGGACCAGAGAUCUUCUUAAGCCCUGCGGUCACGUAUGGCCCGCCAGGCCUUGACCUGUCCUGUCCCAUAGCCAUGACCGUAGCCCAUUGUGCGGAGGUCACUGGCGAUAAUUGGACCAUCCGACUAAAGAGGCAAAUGCAGGACAACAAGUGGGAGGAAGUGAUGUCUGUGGACGAGGAGAGCGCUUCCUGCUACUGUCUGCUGGAGACCCAGAGGUGCCAUGUGCUGUUGGAGCACCCGGGCCGCUACGCCCUGGUGGGCGAGCCUCUGAACCAGGACGCGGCAAAGCGGCUGAGGCUGGCUGUGUUUGGUAGUCCCGAUACCAGCAACUCCCUGGGCUUCACCCUCAGGGUCUACUGUGUGGACGACACGCCGCAUGCAUUUCAGGAGGUGGCAGUGGGCGAGCGCAGCAGGGGCGGGCGGCUGCUGGAGGAGCCCAAGAUGAUGCUGUUCCGGGGGAACACUUUCAGCCUCCAGGUGUCCAUCCAGGACGUCCCACAGCUACUCUGGAGCAUCAAGCCUUUCACCACCUGCCAGGAGUUCUCCUUUUCUCAGGUGUGGGCCAGUAACCAGCGUCCCCUGCAGUGUGCCUUCUCUCUGGAGCGAUACAGCCACUCCUCCACCCAGCUCUCCUGCAAGAUCGGCAUCCGACAGGUCAAAGGGGAGGAGCAGAUACUCCAGGUCUACACGUCGGUGGUGGAGAAUGAAAAGGGAGUGGUUCCCUUUUUCACUCAGUCAGACUGCACCAUCACCUCUCAGACAGGGUCAAGGGCCUUUAAAAUCCCGCCGUCCAUCCGUCAGCGGAUCAGCGCCACCUUUGACACCGCUAACGCCAAGGGGAAGGACUGGCAGCUCUUGGCUCAAAAGCUCCACAUAGACAGGAACCUGAGCUACUUUGCGUGUCAGGAGAGCCCAUCGUCGGUGAUUCUGAGUCUGUGGGAAGCCCAGCACCAGGACUCGGGGGACCUGGACUCGUUGGCCAGUGCCCUUGAGGAAAUCGGCAAGGUCCAGUCCCCGAGGACCGCCACUCAUGGCUGCAGCAGAGAAGAACGGGACUCAGAAUUCACUAAACUUGGGUAGGGGGCGGGUCUGCGGCAGAUCAGAAUAAUGAUGAACCUUUACUGCAUGAACACUGAUGAGCAGGUGUACUAGCUUACCUGUGGUGAGGAGGAAGAGGAGAGACAAAGAGGACAGCAGUAGAACCCGGUUUUGGACUGUUACUAAAGGAACACCUCUGCUAAACCAAAUAGCACAUGCAGACAGACGGGAAUAAAGAGACAAAGGAAAUGAGUUUGUGUUACUGAGAAGCACCAACAAAAACAUUUCAAAGAGAUAAAAGUAUCCCACAGCCAUCUUUGAUUCAGAAAUGUCAACUCCUGACAAGUUUGAUAACCUGUAUAGACGGAUUACGGAUAUCUGUGUGAGGAGGACUUUGGGAGCAGACUGCCAAUCAGGCUGGUGUGGUGACCUCCCCAGGCUCAGAUGUGCUGGCAUUUGCCCCCAUAACGGUCCUCUUGGGCUGUCAAAAUGUUUAGUGUAAUGUCAUUUUGUUGUCACUCAUUUCUCCAGACACCCUAAUGCUUCUCUUUUGCUUUUCUGCAGCGUGUCUCUGAUGUUAACGCAGGAGUUAGAGGAGAAAACAGAGAGUAUGGGGUAUUGGAUAUUCAGAUACUGACGCUGAUAAGCAUUUAAAAAUGUCCACAUGUGAAAAGAAAAUGUAUGGCUGUAUAAGAGAUGACCCUAUAAACAGAGCUAGAUUGACGUUGAUCACAUGGAUAACAGUCAUUUUAAACAGGCCCUAUUAUGCUAUUUUCCGGGUGUAUAUUUUUAUCUCAAGUAACAGUUACAACAUGUUUACAUGCGUUAAUGCCCAUAAUCCUCCUUGUUUUUCUCAUCCUGGCUGUCCUGUAGCACCUCUUCUCACCCUCUCUCUGAAAUGCUCCGUUGUUGCGCUUGCUCCUCCCUCCAGAAAGCAAAGUCUGCCCUGAUUGGUCAGCUAGCCCGCUCUGUUGUGAUUGGUCAACGUUUCACAUUUCAAAAAACUCUUCCUCCAGAGCUUCAGCUCCGUCUCUCUCUUUGUUGUUUGAGGGCCAAACUAGCCAGAAGGAGUUUUGACGUCACUUUGUGACCUCAUAAAGUUACAUUAUGACCUCAUAAAGUUACAGAAGUGAAGCAGAGAAUUCAAUGGAGCCGUUUCAGGCAGCUCAGGAGCUUCUGAGGGGGAGGGUAACUCCUUUUAGGCAUGGCCUUCAGGUUUUACACUCUACAGACCUUUUACAUGUACAAAAAUAUAUAUAAUACACUAAAGAAGGGAAAAAGUGGAAAAGCAUAAUAGGGCCAUUUUAAACACUUCCAACCCCACUUUGACAGAACACAUUGCAGAAGAGGAUAGCUUAUCCAAAUGUACAAUGCAGCCAUAGGUGCACCGAAUCCCGUUAUCUCUAAUGAUCAACCUCUGGUUCACUCUCUGUGUGAUAAGUGACGUCAUACCUGAAGAGACAGUGGGAACAUUAAAUACUCUGCAGACUGUUGGCGCUGGUUAAGUGGUGUGUGCUUUCAAGAUCUCCCUCUGGGACUUCAUUUUUUUCUUGAUUUUUAAAUUUGAUGUGUGGCUUUAUUUGAGCUGACAUUUUUUGGAUAUCAUUAUUUUGGAGACACUUAGCCGUCUCCCACUCCUCUGUCCUCUCCUCCCAGCUAGAUUUACUCCACCUGCCCCCC